AUGUCUCACGAAAUGGAUAUUGACCCAACCCUUUGUGAUAAAGAACCGAAUUACCAGACAGCUGUGACGGGGUAUGUCAUCACUGUACCCAACGAAACGGAGCAAAUCCAAAUGUUUUUAGAAACUGACAAACGAAUUAAUGAAUUCCACUUCAGCUUCACAACAUUUAACGCGGAGUUGACGCCAUUUGCUAAAGGAGGGGAACGCCUUGCUUUUCGAGCUAUUACAGAAAAGGGCGAUCGAGUAGUUUUAAAACGAUUUUAUCAACCCCGCCCACUCACGAUGUUACUUGAAACGGUAGAACGACAAUUGAUAUGUAUUUACUUAGCGAACUUGUUCAACAAACUUAAUGCGUCGCCAAAUAAACUCCAUUUUUUACCAACAUAUCUGUUUAUGCCAUCGCCAUUGUCUGAUUUGGAUAACAAAAUAUUGACAUUGGAACAAGCGGAAGAGGCUGUCGCCUUCACACGAAGAACUCCGAAUUUUGUCGAACCGUAUUUACACGGGUAUUUCAUUAAAUAUAUCGAUAACAAUGGAUGGAUCAAUGAAGACGAAUUUCACUCGACAUUACACGCAUUUGCGCAUUGGACGUGGGUCCAAUCGAAAGGAAAUUUGUUGAUUUGUGACAUCCAAGGAGUGAGCGGGACGAACAAAUUUUAUUUGACGGACCCCGCCCUCCACCACAUCGACUCGAAGAAGUUCAUGUUUUCGGAGACUAAUUUGGGCGAACAGGGCAUCACUAAGUUCUUCUCAACACAUCAGUGCAACGCAAUUUGUCUCGGACUUCACUUGAGAAAACACACUGCUCAAGUCCUCCCCGACACAUUGAAAGGGACAACAAUUAACCCAGACGUCAAUAAACGUAUUAAACAAUAUUACCAACAACCAGACAAACCAAAUGUCACCACACCUACCCCGAAACCUAAGCCACAAAAUAGUGUCGGUAUUGUCGAACAAGUCGCUUUUAAUAAGCCGAUUGGCAAAUGCGUUGCACUCUUUCCUUUCACGGCGAGGUGCGCGAACGAACUCACCCUUGCCGUCGACGACGUUGUCGACAUUUUAGCGAAACUCGACGGGUGGUGGGUUGGCAAGAAGGGCGGCAAUUACGGGAUCUUCCCCGUCAAUUUUGUGCAAGAGUUGCUCGAGAAGUUCUUGUAUGUUGCGAACGACGACUUUAUUGGUGGACGAGGGAUGCUUCCGCUGAAGAAAGGCGAUCGCAUCUAUUUACUUGCGAAGUCGGGGAAUAUGUACAAAGCUGUCAAAUUUUCUCAAGUUGGCUUUGUCCCCAAAACGGUCUGUUCAAGGCAGAGACAAGCACAUUGA